UACAUAUUUCAGCGCGGCUGCUUCUGCAAUCUGCAUCUCUCUCCCUCCUAUUCAAAUCCCGAAUUGAAAUCCCCAAAUCAAAGACUUUCAGAGUCCCCAAAUCCUUUUAAUCCCCUUCUCCUUCUCUCAGAGAUAAUACUAUGCCUCAGAGACACUCGAAGAACAACAACGACCUCGCGUUCUUCACAUACGACGAGAAGCGAAAGCUUGGGUAUGGAACCCAGAGGGAGAGACUCGGCAGAGACUCCAUCAAACCCUUCGAUGCUUGUUGCCUCUGCUUGAAGCCCUUCAUCGACCCCAUGAGUUGCCAGAAAGGCCAUGUCUUUUGCAAAGAGUGCAUUCUCGAAUGCUUGCUUUCCCAGAAGAAAGACAUCCACAGAAAGCAAGUUGCACAUAAUAGUCAGCAGAAGCAAGACAAGGAAGAUGAAGAAGAGAAGUUAAGGCAACAGAAAGCCAGAGAGCUUGAGGCUUUUGAUCAGCAAAACCAUGGUGCAGUACCGCACUACAAUGAUAGAAACCAGGACCGGGAUAAGAAUGGUUUUCAUGGGGCAAAUAGUGUGAAGGUCACUUCUUAUGAAGAAGAGGCGCUUCGGACAAUGAAGGCAUUUUGGCUGCCUUCUGCUACACCAGAAGCUCCUGUUAAAGUGGCUGCUCCCCCUGAAUGCACAACCUGUCCAGAAGGAAGCGAGAAACUAAAGCUGAAGUCUCUUUUCCCUAUCCAUUUCACUGAAGACACCAACGACGAGAAGAAAUCAACGCCUCUUGACAAGACAUUUAUCUGUCCGAGCUGCAAGGUUACGUUAACAAACACGCUAUCACUCGUGGCUCUUAGCUCAUGUGGCCACGUCUUCUGUAAGAAGUGUGCUGAUAAGUUCAUACCUGUAGAUAAGGUUUGUCUCGUUUGCAACAAGGGAUGUAAAGAAAGGAACUUGGUGAACCUGAAAAAAGGAGGGACCGGCUUUGCUGGCCACGACGAUGAUCUUGAAGCCAAAGAUUUCAAGCACUUGGGGAGUGGCUCGGGUCUUGGGUUAGUGAGACCCGCAGCGAAGACUUAACUCCUGUGUUUUUACAGGUCCACGGUGUCUGUAUCUCGUCCUUUCUUUCCCCUCCGUUGUGGCAUUUUACAGGCAACAAUACUACGAAAUCAUUAUAUGUGACUUGAUUUGUACUUUUGACAUUUUCGUUAGUGCUGCAUUUCGAGGUUUUUGUCUUCGA